AACAGUUUCAUAUAAAUCUUAACGCAUAAAAAUUAUUACACACAAGCUGAUUUUACUCACCAGAUAUAACCACCAAAAUGAGUACAGAACUUCACUAUUAGUUUGCAUCUUUAUUCAACUCAUUCUAAACACCUUUUAAACAGCUCUUUGAGAUACAUCUGCGGUAGAAAAGUCUUCAUUCAUUUGUGCGAAACCCAAAUGUCAUCAUAGCAUAGCUUCUUUGAUAAGAUAAUUAAUAUUUCAUUGAAGAGAGGUCAUAACAACUCACAAUCAAAAAACAGAUUUUGCCCCGUACCUUAUCAGGGCCAGAAUAAGGAUAGUUGCACACCUUAUCAAUCAGCUAUUCAUUUUCCUUACAAAAUUGUAGAAAAGUGAUUAAAGCUAUUUAAGUUUUUAAACAAUUCAAUUACAUAAUAUCAGCUCGGAAAGUUUCACAAACUGAAACAAUGGUUCGCAUUGCUAACAUUUCCACUAAGCAUUUACUACUAGUGACAACUUUCGGAUGGAUUUUUACUUUCUUCGUAUUAGUUACGCAACAACCUGAAAUGCCAGGCCCCGUGAAACGAACACAAAUCAAAAACCAAUAUACUGAGAAAGCUGUGGACACUAUAGAGAUACCUGAAGGUGAGCAAAACUUCGGUGAGCAUCGUAGCCAAGCGGACUUUGAAGUUGCAGCUUCACAAACUGGCAGCGGCGGUCUGAUUAAUCUUGAAAAACCACUUGCAGAUCUGAUAAGCCUCAGAUCUGAUAUAAUGGAGAUGCAAUACAUGCUAAGUGGGAGAAGGAAAGAUUGGAGUGAUAAAGACAAACAGAUGACUCAGGAUCUUAUUGACCAUCUCUGGCGAGAGUCUUACUCCAUUUUGGAGGAGAUAUCUGGAAAGGAGUGUCGCCAAAAACUACAACAAUCAGCCGAUGAAAUCUGGAAACACAUCGACCACAUUCAGAAGCGCGACUGCAGCGACACCCGGAACAAGUUCGCCGUUUGCAGUUUGAACAAACCCUGUGGGUUUGGGUGUCAGCUGCACCACCUCAACUGGUGCUUCAUGCUCAGUUUCGCCCUCAAUCGCACCAUGGUACUAGAGAACGGGGCCUGGAGUUACGAUAAAAAGGGGUGGACGGACAUGUUCCAGCCGUUGACUGGAUGCAACCUGGAGGACAAGACUGGGCCUAGCAUCGACAGAGGGAGUCAAAGUGAAAGUGUGGAGAAAGAACGAGUGGUAAGAAUCCCGAUAGUGGACAGCAUGGGUAAUUCUCCACUUCGAAAUCAGUUCUUCCUUCCCAACAUUCCUUCCAAAUGGGCGCGCAAGAUGUCACACUGCCACUCCAACCCCACAGUCUGGUACGCAGCUCAGUUCAUAGCCUAUUCGAUGCGACCGAAUGAGAAAUUAAGCCAACACUUGCACUCAGUUCAGGCCAGGACACAGAUAUCCCACAACUUCUUCGGAAUCCAUGUUCGCAGAUCGGACAAGAAGUCGGAGGCAAAGUAUCACGACUUGGCCAAGUACAUGGAGUACGUGAAGGUAGUCCAGAACAGAUUGGAGAAAACUGACAUGCACAUCAACAAAGAGAUCUAUUUGGGUGAGAUGAAACAACAAAGAUCACCAAAUAAACUCAACUUACUUUUUUCUACAACAAAGUUUGGCUACUUUGCAAAUAUCGCAGUUCCGACUACUAUUUUUGGACCAACUAAAUCCUCAAAAACUAUCGAGAUGCUACAUUUUGUAGGGAGUCAAAGUGAAAGUGUGGAGAAAGAACGAGUGGUAAGAAUCCCGAUAGUGGACAGCAUGGGUAAUUCUCCACUUCGAAAUCAGUUCUUCCUUCCCAACAUUCCUUCCAAAUGGGCGCGCAAGAUGUCACACUGCCACUCCAACCCCACAGUCUGGUACGCAGCUCAGUUCAUAGCCUAUUCGAUGCGACCGAAUGAGAAAUUAAGCCAACACUUGCAUUCAGUUCAGGCCAGGACACAGAUAUCCCACAACUUCUUCGGAAUCCAUGUUCGCAGAUCGGACAAGAAGUCGGAGGCAAAGUAUCACGACUUGGCCGAGUACAUGGAGUACGUGAAGGUAGUCCAGAACAGAUUGGAGAAAACUGACAUGCACAUCAACAAAGAGAUCUAUUUGGCCACGGAUGAGCCAACAGUUCUGAUGGAAGAGACCAAGGCGUUCCCUGAGUACACUUUCCACGGGGACACGGCCGCCGCACAACGUGCUGGCUCUGGCGGAACCCGUUAUGCCGAAGGGAGUCUGCUGGAAGUGCUGGCUGAUGUCAUUUUCAUGUCCAAAUCUCAGUACCUAGUCUGCACAUUUUCCUCUCAAGUCUGCAGAGUUUCGUAUGAGCUGAUGCAAUACGAGAGACGAUACGAAGAUGCCGGCUGGCGAUGGCAGUCACUUGACGACUUUUAUUACUACGGCGGCCAAGGAUUCGUUCCUUGGUAUGUCAUUGAUGAUCACUCUCCCGGCAUAAAAGGAGAGUCACGGGCUUCCAAGGGUGACCGAGUUGGUGUACUUGGAAAUCACUGGGACGGAUAUUCAAAGACGCAUCAAGGACUGCUGCCAUCGUACAAGCUAAGAAGAGGUCUUCCCACAUUCGAGCUCACAUGGUCUCUAUAAUAGAUGCUGCAAUAAAACAUUCACAAUAGAGCAGAGCCACUGUCAAUCUCAACCAGUUGUCAAUCUCAAUUUCACUCACAUAACUCAUCACCUAUUUUACUCAUUUCAUUUCUCACACAUAUCAAACUAUCGUCUAUUUUACAACUAACCAUUUUUUCACCUACUCUCAGGAGCGGAUUUAGGGGGGGCAGACGCCAAACCCCCCCCCCCCC